CGGCGUAGUGCUGACCGGCAAGUCGGCGAUCCACUUCUCGCACGACAGCUUCCGUCGGGCUCACUUGGGUGACUGCCUAUCAAUAGGAAUACGUUGAGGGGUACACAACUUACCGACUGCUCCGGUUGGCGUGUGGGGCGAGUAUGCUCAUCUUUUGCGGCGCAAUGGGUAUUCUUUAAAAGUAGCUCAUGUCCCCCCGCGUGAGCUACAUACCUUUCAUCUCUCGAACGGCAUAACCUCCAUCAUGGCCAAACCGCAAAUCGUCCUCGUCCCAGGCGCUUGGCAUACUCCGGAUUGCUUUGAUAUCAUCACCGAGAAGCUCAAAGCUCAUGGCUACACGGUUCAUUCCCUGCAAAUGCCAGCCGUGGGAAGAGACGACAACCCAGUCAAGGACCUCGAGGAAGACUAUGCCGCGCUCCGCGAAGUGGUGAACAGAGCCAUUGGGGAAGGCAAUGAUGUUGUCGUUGUGCCCCACAGCUGGGCGGGUAUACCCGUCACUGGCGGAUUGUCAGGGUUUGGGAAAAAGAAGCGGCAAGAACUAGGACUUCCUGGUGGGAUUGUCAAGUGCGCGUACAUUGCCUCCCUCAUCAUCCCGGAGGGUCAGAGCUUGAGCUCUGUUUUGCCAGGCGACAAGCCAGACUGGUGGGAGGUUAGGGGCCCUCUUGCAAUCGUCAAAAACUACAGGCCAUUUUACGACCCUGACAUUCCAGCCCAAGAGCAGGAGGUGUUGGCCAAGCGACUCAAGUCGCACUCGCUCGCAACCUUUGUUACGCCAAUCACGUCGGCGUCCUGGAGGGAGAUCCCCACGUCCUAUCUCCUGUGCGAAGACGAUCAAUCGUUUCCGGCUUUCGCGCAGGAACUCAUGACGAACGCGGCGAAGGACAUGGGGGCGGAUAUCGAUGUUCAAAGGGUUAAAGCCGGGCAUAGCCCUUUCUUGAGCCAGCCCGAUGCCGUGGUGGACUUCAUUCGCAGAGCAGCUGGGGAGAAGGUGUAGACCUGUCCAUAUCACGAUUAUAUGGUCGACGUGCGAGACUUGGAAAUUGUUAAUCAAAGAUGUCAACUCAUCACAGCUGCGGUUAUUUCUCCGAGCGCCUGCAGCUUCGGGUCCCCAGCGGCCUUUCCCUUAACACACA